UUAGAACGUCUCGGUAUAAAUAAACAAAUAUAUUUAUCAGAGCCCAUAAUAAAGGACAGCGGGGGGGUUAAAGGCGCGCCGCCGGCAGACCGCGGGGGUGCGCGCGGAGACAGUCUAGUCCCGUCCUCCUGUCUGUCUGUCUCUGUCUCUCUGUAUGGAUUUCUACUCCUCAUGUUCUUCAAACUCUCCGUGACGUCCACCAACUGUUGAGGUCAGGCUCUGGAGAAAGUCCCCCCCCCCCUCCUCCCCCCUCACUCUGGAGUCUCUCCCCGGAAAAGAAGCGCGAGCUCCGGGGUGGAAGAGGAAGAAGGAAGAGCGGGGCUUUUCUUUUCUUUUCUCUUUGUGCGUGUGUGUGUGUGGUUCCUUCCGAGGAGUCCGACCUUUGCCGUAGCCGGAGCUUAGGCGUUGGCACCCGGGGGCCGGGAGUCCCUCGCCAUGGCCGGGGCCAAGCCGGGAGUCCACGCUCUGCAGCUCAAGCCCGUGUCCGUCCACGAAGCGCUGAAGAAGGGGGGCAAAUUCAUCAAAUGGGACGAGCCGACUCUGGAGCCUAAACUCAAGGAUAACAACAACGUGCCGCCCACCCUAGUGACUCUGAAAGUUGACCCAGAUGGAUUCUACCUCUACUGGACUGGAGGCUCCAACCUGGAGGUGGAGAUUCUUGACAUCAACACCAUCAGGGACACCAGAACCGGAAAAUACGCCAAACAACCAAAGGACGCCAAGGUGCGGGACGUGCUUGGCUUCGGUAAGGGUGAAAACGUUGAAGGGAAGCUGGUAACGGUUGUCCAUGGCAAUGACCUGGUCAACAUCUCCUUCCUCAACUUCCAGGCUAUGCAGAAAGAUGCAGCAAAGAUUUGGACGGAUGAGCUGUUCACUUUGGCCACAAACAUACUUUCCCAGAAUGCAUCGCGGCACACCUUCCUCCUCAAAGCGUACACAAAGUUGAAGCUGCAGGUGAAUCAGGAUGGAAAAAUCCCUGUGAAGAACGUUCUGAAGAUGUUUUCAGAUAAAAGGCGCGUGGAGACGGCUCUGGAGCAGUGUGGCCUCGUCAAUAACAAGGCUGAGGGAAUAAAGCCAGACGAUUUCACGUGGGAGGCCUUCCAGAGGUUUCUCGACAGCCUCUGUCUGCGGCCCGAGAUACAGAGCAUCUUUGAGGAAAGCGGCUCCAAGAGGAAGCCGUUCAUCUCUCUGGACCAGUUGAUGGACUUUAUUAACCGCAGGCAGCGAGACUCCAGGCUGAACGAGGUGCUGUACCCCCCCUUGAAAAGGGAACAGGUCCGACAGAUCAUGGAGAAAUACGAGACCAACGCCAGCCAGCUCGAGAGAGACCAGAUCAGUUUGCAGGCUUUCAGUCGCUACCUGGAAGGAGAGGAAAACAGCAUCGUGCCCCCAGAGAGGCUGGACAUCAUCGACGACAUGAACCAACCACUGUCCCACUACUUUAUCAAUUCCUCGCACAACACGUACCUCACGGUGGGUCAGCUGACUGGCCUGUCGUCAGUGGAGAUCUAUAGGCAGGUGCUGCUGACCGGCUGUCGCUGCGUUGAGCUGGACUGCUGGAAGGGCCGGCCUCACGACGAGGAGCCUUACAUCACCCACGGCUUCACCAUGACCACUGAGAUCCCCUUCAAGGAGGUGAUCGAGGCGAUAGCAGAAAGUGCUUUCAAGACAUCGCCGUACCCCCUCAUCCUGUCCUUUGAAAACCACGUAGACUCGGCCAAGCAGCAGGCCAAAAUGGCAGAGUACUGCAGGACCAUCUUUGGAGACGCCCUGCUCAUUGAACCACUGGAGAAGUAUCCGCUGGUCCCCGGUCAGGCCCUCCCUUCUCCACAGGAGUUGCUGGGUAAGAUUCUCAUCAAAAACAAGAAGAAGCACCAGCACCACCGACCCUCGAGUAGCGGAAGCAUAAGACGCAGAGAGCUGGAGGAACAGUCGUCGCCCAACAUCGACUGCCCACUGAUGGACAGCGAGGGAGGCCAGCCGCUCUCCAACGGGGAGGAAAAGCUGGUUGAGAGGAUGGUCAAAGACUUUGAGCCUCGCAAAUCCCUGGGAGGCGAGGGGGAAAGCGAGGAGGACGAGGACGACGAGCCGACGGCGGAGCUGAAGAAGCCAAACUCGGACGAGGGUACCGCCAGCAGCGAGGUGAACGCCACCGAGGAGAUGUCAACUCUUGUCAACUACAUCGAGCCUGUCAAAUUCAAGAGCUUCGAGGUGGCAAACAAGAGGAGGAAGUUCUUUGAAAUGUCUUCGUUGGUGGAAACUAAAGGCAUGGACACCCUGAAGAGCUCCCCCAUCGAGUUUGUCGAGUACAAUAAGAAUCAGCUGAGCCGAAUCUACCCCAAAGGAACCCGGGUGGACAGCUCCAAUUACAUGCCUCAGCUCUUCUGGAAUGUGGGCUGCCAGAUGGUGGCGCUAAACUUCCAAACACUCGACCUUCCUAUGCAGCUGAACAUGGGCGUGUUUGAGUACAACGGCCACAGCGGCUACCUGCUGAAACCUGAGUUCAUGAGGAGGACGGACAAGCACUUUGACCCUUUCACAGAAAACAUCGUGGACGGUAUCGUCGCAAAUACAGUCAAAAUCAAGGUGCUCUCGGGCCAGUUUCUCAUCGAUAAAAAGGUGGGCGUGUACGUGGAAGUGGACAUAUUUGGACUUCCUGCUGAUACGAAGAGGAAGUACAGAACCAAAACAUCCAACGGGAACUCGCUGGACCCCGUGUGGGACGAUGAAAUGUUUGUGUUUAAUAAGGUGGUCCUUCCCACGCUGGCCUCUCUGAGGAUAGCGGUGUUUGAAGAAAACGGCAAGUUUAUUGGACACCGGAUCCUCCCCGUGUCGGCCAUUAGACCGGGGUACCACUACAUCAACCUGAAGAACGAGCUGAACCAGCCCCUGCUCCUGCCCUCGCUGCUGGUUUAUGCCGAAGCUCAGGACUACAUCCCCAAUGAACACCAGGAGUACGCAGAGGCUCUGACCAACCCCAUCAAACACAUCAGUCAGUUGCAUAAGAGAGAGACGCAGCUGGCUGCUCUCAUAGAGGACAACAGCGAGCAUGUCCCCAACCAGCCCAAAGACGGAGAGAAGACAAAGAUGGAGUGGGAAGACAUUUCACAAAGUCGACCCCAACUCCCCGUUCCAGUACUGGAAAAUGCCCCCGACAUCAUCAAGUUACCUGCACCGGCUCAAAGUCCAAAGGAAGACCUCAUUGCCACUGUUCUAGCAGAGGUCCAGGCUCAGUCCAUAGAGGAGUUGAAACAGCAGAAGAACUACCUGAAGGCGCUAAAGAAACAGGGAAAAGAAAUCAAAGAGAUGCGUAAGAAACACCUGAAGAAGGUGUGGAACCUGAGUAAAGAGCAGAAGAGUCGCAAUUGCCAGCUUCAGUCCGACACCCAGAGGAGACGCAGUCAGAUGGAGAAGCACCUCAAACGUAGCAUCAAGAAAAACGAGCCUCAUGACCCGGUGCAGCGUGACCUGACCGCGUUGGAUCAGGAGCUGGAGAAGCAGACGGUCCAGCUGAGGGAAUGGCAGAUGCAAGAACUGCUGAAGCUCCGACAACAGCUUCACUCACUGGAGAGAGAGAAGCAUCAAACACACCUGCAGGAGGCCUUGCAGAAGUUAAAGGAGACGACCGUUGAAUGCCAAGCAGCUCAGCUGAAGAAGCUCAAGGAGACGUGUGAAAAGGAGAAGAAAGAACUGCAGAAAAUCCUGGACAGGAAGCGACAAAACAGCAUCUGCGAAGCCAAGACCCGCGACAAAGACAAGGCGGAAACGGAACUGAAUGAGAUCAACAGAAAACACAUUCAAGACUCUGUCUCGUUAAUCCGCGGGCUGGAGGAGGCUCAGACCCGGAGGCAGGAUAAGCUGAUGCUGCGUCAGCGGGAGGUGCUGCAGCAAAUAGACGAGGAACUUCCACUGAUGCAGUCCAAGUUGGAGCGGGAACUAGAGCAGGAGUAUCAGAGGCUGCCGGAGGAGAUCUGCCAGCACCUCCAGUUGGAGCUCAAAAGCAAAGGUCUCCGGAAAGACGCCCUGUUCUCGUCCCAUUGCCACCGCAGCAGCCCGAGCCCCGGCCCCGGCCCCGGCUCCGGCCCGCCCUCCAACUGCUCCACGCCGUCUUACCCGUCGACGCCCGAUCGGAUCUCCUGGACCCGCAGCAUGGACAAUAGCACGGCGUCGUUGGCCGAUUCCACCUCCUCGUCCACCACUCCCGUCCUUUCAGAGGCCGAGAUGUCGUUCAGCUAGAAUUCUUACUUGUUAAAAGGAAAAUACAGUUCUUUCAAGUAGGGGUCAUAAUUAAUAUAAUGUGGGAUGUAAUGAUGUUAAUAAUCUGCUAAUUUUAUUCCUUCUUUUACUACAGACUGUUUAGUUCCUGUCUACAGAGUUAUAUUAUUUUUUAUUUAGCUGUUUGUCAGAUACACAUCGUGACAUUUGUUGGAAGAUGUGUGUCCAAACUUUUGGAUUUUUUACAUUCAUUGUCUGUCCGUCUUGCUUUUAAUGUCAUAUUCUUUCAUUAUUGCCUUUUUCUAUGGUCAGUAAGC